AUGGUAGGCAAACGGAAGAGAGACACGUCGGUGGUGUCGAGAUCGACUACCAAAGAAGAAGAAGACGCCCCUCCCGCUGUCGCCGAUACGUCGGCCCAUGACGUCUUUCGCAAAUUUUUCGAGGCGCAAUUCGAACCCAUUGAGGCGCCCGAGGAGGCUGUCGACGAGGAGUCCGACGAGGCAGAGGAAACCGGUUCCGAUGGAGAAGGAUCUGAUUUCGAGUCUGGGUCCGAAUGGAGCGGCGUGUCUGGCGAGGGUGAAGAAAGCGAAGUGGAGGUGAUCGAGCACCGGGAUGCAUCCUCGAGUGAGCACCUCGCGAGCAAAAAGGCUCGCAAAGCCUUUAUGUCUUCCAAACUUCCGUCUCUCGCAGAGAAACCGACCGCCGUCAAGCGCGCCCCGACGAAAGAGAAAGAAGACGAUGACCCCAAGGAAGCCGACAAUUUGAAACACGACCUCGCAUUGCAACGAUUACUCAAGGAGUCGCACCUUUUGGAAGACGCAUCCGAUCUAGCCCCGACCGGAAAGAACCGACUUAAGGCGCUCGAUCUGCGCAUGCAGGAACUCGGCGCCAAAUCAUCGCUGUAUCACCAGAAGAUGCCGUCCGCGCACCGGAGAGGCAUCAAAGCCAAGGCUGAGACGAAGGAAGACAAGCGCCGCCGCGACGCACGGGAGAACGGCAUCAUUCUCGAGAAGCCCGCGCACAAGAAGAACAAGUCGAGCAGCGGACACCGGGAGCGCGGCGUUGGUGGGCCCUCGGUCGGCAAGUUCGCCGGCGGGACGCUCAAUCUUAGCAAAAGUGACAUUUUCUCUGUCAAAGGGAAGGCUUUGGCUGGAAGGAAGAAACCUAGUCGGGGGAAGCCUAAGGGUCGUCGCUAGUGCUCUCAGCCGAUCUGUCUUCCUUUUCCUUUCGUCUACCUUUUUGUCGCAAAGGUAGAGUGCGCUGCGGGCGGCCUAUCUAUCUAUUCAUCUAUCUAUCUAUCUAUUACGACAACCAAAAGUUUGCCUUAACGCAUCACGAUCCGUCUCCUCGGCUGCAGGGCAGUCAGGCUCCGAACCGACAGUUGUCAUCCUUCUCCGCCGAUCAGCCGAUCAGCCGAUCAGGUCAUGGUUGAUCAGGAGAACAUUCCUAUCCCACUGGGUCCGAAAUUACUGGCACGCGUGCGAGCUGAGCCACCGCCGUAACCAUCUAACGUCAGCGGGUGUCGGCUCUCCGUCCGGUGGGUCGGCACUGGCUCCGCCCGGUUCUAUAAUUACGACCAUCCUACUUUUGGAAACGAUCUCGUCUGUUUCUCUGGUGGGUUCUGAGGGUACAAUGGAGCGCAGAGGAGACUACUGUAC